AUGAGACCAGCCACUCAAAUCAAAGGAAAUACAAUAAGUAAUCUUCGUAAAUUGGCAAAGCCACCCGAAGCCAUAAUGAUUGUACUUGAUAUGGCAUUAAUUUUAAUGAAACGACGUAUUGAUCCGAUACGAAUAGACUAUAAUCUUGACGAACCUUUCUACGCAUCGUCGAAAACUGAAAUUUUACGACUUCUUAAUUUUUCCGGAUUAUUAUCAACAUUGUUGACAAUACGCGAACUCAAUGAUGAAAUCAUUGAAUUACUUGCGCCAUAUUCCGAAAUUAAAGAUCUAUCGGAAAAAGCUCGAAAAGCGUAUCAAGAUUUGGCAACACUAAAAACGUGGACAGAUAAAAUUCAAUCGUAUCAUGCAAUUAAUAAAGAAGUUAUUCCAAUAAAAGACAAAGUGCAAAAAGCAGAAAAUUCACUUCGAAAAGCUUCAAGAAAAUUAGCGAGAGCUGAACGAGAACUUGAAAGAACUGAAGUCGGUUUAGCUAAAUGCCAGAAUGAUUUUGAUGUAGCUAUGCAAACAAAACAAGCAUAUCAAGCAGAUUAUGACGCUCUACUUAAAAGGCGUAAUGAUGCAAAUACAUUAAUAUCAGGAUUAACAGGUGAAAAAAUUCGAUGGAAUGAACAAAAUAAAGCAUUCGAACAGAGUAUUGAAAAAUUAAUCGGAAAUAGUAUUCUCGUAACAGCUUUUCUAUCAUAUUGUGGCCCAUAUAAUCAAGAUUUUCGGCAACGUAUGUUAAACGAAUGGCAAAAACAAAUACAACAAAGAACAAUUCCUUUUUCGGAUAACUUUGAUAUUAUUGAAAAAUUGAAUGAUGAAGCAACAAUCGGCGAAUGGAAUCUACAAGGUUUACCGAAUGAUGAUCUAUCAAUUCAAAAUGGUAUUAUAGCAACAUCGAACUAUCGCUACCCGCUCCUAAUCGAUCCGUAA